ACCAAGUUGUAAAGUCCCUGGAAUCCUCAGCUCGCACUUUUCCACGCGCACAAAUUACUCUCUUCAUUUGUUUUACAUUGACUCGUAGUUCUGAAUUCAACACCACAAACUACAGCUACAAGAAGAACCAGUCUUCUCUUUCAAUCAAAAUCUAUUUCACUGACCAAAACAAUCAUGACCGUCAGAUAGCACUCCCACUUCUUCUCCCUUUUGUGGUUCUCUUUUCAUCGUCUUUUGUUUUCAGAAUCCCUUUUUUCACAUGGAUUCUGAAGAGUCCUCUCCCCAGCUUAGAGGUGUCGUCAUCAUCACUCUUCCUCCUCCGGAUAACCCCUCUUUAGGAAAGACCAUCACUGCUUUUACUGUUACUGAUGACUCCCCACAAGUACAACCCCACCAAACUCAAGAAGAGAAUGAAGUGAUUCCUGAGGUACAAUACCCAGUUCCCGAACUUCCACUUCAGUACCUUCCAAUUCAAUUCUUCUUGCCAAGACUCCUUUUUGGCUCUCCGAGGAAGCUUUUUGGCCUUCUGGGUAUCUCUGUUUUGGCUCUUCUUCUCUAUAGUUCUGUGUUUUCACACACAGUUCAAGAGCUUCGUAAUUCUCAUGAGGAUCGUGAGGAUAAGAAGACUCUUAUUUUCCCUUUGUAUCGCAAAUCUAGCGUUCGUGCGAUUGAUAUAGAAUUUAAGCUGGGGAGGUUUGUAGCUCCAAUUGAUGCGGAUAAAAAGAAUAUCAACAAAAUGUUUGGUUCUGCUAAUACUGAUGGCGUGGAUUUUUCUUCAAUUUUGCCAGUAAGGGGCAACGUUUAUCCAAAUGGACUAUAUUUCACAUAUAUGCUUGUUGGAAGUCCUCCAAGACCUUAUUAUCUUGAUAUUGAUACCGGAAGUGACUUAACAUGGAUUCAGUGUGAUGCUCCUUGCUCGAGUUGUGCCAAGGGAGCAAAUCCUUUAUACAAGCCAAGAAAGGGGAGCAUAGUACCAUCCGAGGACCCAUUGUGCAUGGAAAUUCAAAGAGAUCAGAAGGGUGCAUAUUGUGAAGCCUGCCAGUGUGACUAUGAGAUUGAAUAUGCAGAUCGUAGCUCCUCUAUGGGGGUUCUUGCAAAAGAUGAGCUUCAGCUAAUGAUUACAAAUGGAUCGUUGACCAAAUUACAUGUUGUUUUUGGGUGUGCAUAUGAUCAACAAGGUUUGCUUUUAAACACCCUAGUGCAGACAGAUGGAAUCCUUGGUCUAAGCAGAGCUAAAGUCAGUUUACCUUCCCAAUUAACGAGCCAAAAGAUAAUUAACAAUGUGGUUGGUCACUGCCUUGCCACAGAUGCAGGUCUGGGUGGCUAUAUGUUCUUAGGUGAUGAUCUUGUACCAAAAUGGGGUGUGGCAUGGGUCUCCAUGCUGGACACUCCCUCCAUAGACUUUUACCGUACAGCAAUUGUGAAAAUGAAUUAUGGAAGCAGCCUGCUCAGUUUAGGUGGUUCGGACAGCCAAGUAGGACGGGCAUUGUUUGAUACUGGCAGUUCUUACACCUACUUCACAAAGCAAGCGUAUAUCGAACUGGUUGCUGCUCUUAAGGAAGUUUCAAGCAUGGGACUCAGCCUAGAUUCAUCAGAUUCAACAUUGCCCCUUUGUUGGCGAGCUAAACUUCCCAUAAGGUCUGUUAUGGAUGUGAAGCAGUUCUUCAAGACUUUGAGCAUUCAGUUUGGGAGCAAAUGGUGGAUUAUUUCUACAAAGCUUCAUAUUCCUCCAGAGGGCUAUUUGAUCAUUAGUAAGAAAGGCAAUGUAUGCUUGGGUAUACUCGAUGGAAGUGAAGUUCAUGAUGGAUCCACAAUUAUACUUGGAGAUAUCUCUAUGCGCGGGCAAUUGAUCAUUUACGACAAUGUUAAUCGGCGGAUUGGUUGGGCAAAAUCAGAUUGUGUGAAGCCUCAACGGAUCAAGUCCCUGCCAUUCUUUGAGGGAUUGGUUGAACUGGGAACUAAGUAGGAAUUUUGUCUGUAAAUUAGUCAUAUUUUAUAUAGCUCAUUAUUCUUAUACUCGAUGAAAUUCUGUGCAUGAACCUCUGCAUGUAUAAUAAUAAACUUGUGUAUAUAACAUAAUAUAAACUUAAAUAGUACUGUGGGAACAGGAGAGGAGACACAAAAUAGUGUGUAUAUUUUUUUAA